AUGUCCGACGAAACUGAACGAACACCGCUCCUGACGCCCAAGGGCAAAGGAAAAGCGGAAGACGACUCUUCGAUGUCCGAAACAGCGCCGCUCUUGUCCGGCUCUUCUGGAACACCUAGAUACGACGGCGAACGAGACGACCCCGACAAGGCGAGCUUCUGUUGCGAAAUCUGUCGAAGCCCUCAACCGCCACCAUCCAUUUCCGGUGCCUCGCUUGCCGGGUCGCAUUCAUCGCACACAUCGCUCAAGGAGAAGAAGAGCUCCACGCCAUGGGCCUCCAUCAUUUCCAUCGUCGUGCUUGCGACGCUGGCCGUCUGCAUCAUGCUCGUGGCCUUCUUCGUUCCGGCAGCAGUGGAGGAAUACGCUAAGCAGGCCGCUGUAGUCGAGCCGACGAAUCUCUCCCUCGAGUCCAUCACGACCAAUGGCGUACGGGCUCGCGUGCAGGCCAACUUCAAGCUCGACGGGUCCAGAGUCCAGGAUCCCACCUCUCGAAGGAUAGGAAAGUUUACGACCUGGAUUGUAAGGGCGCUUGGGACCGAGCAGACCAAGGUCGGCGUCUACCUGCCAGAGUACAACGACGUUUUGCUUGGCACCGCCGUGGUACCGCCGCUUUCAAUCAGCAUCGUGGACGGUCAGACUACCAAGGUGGACUUUGUCGCCGAGUUGUCGCCCGGAGAUGCGGAAGCGUAUCGAAAAGUCGCAAACGAAUGGCUGGAUGGAAAGCUCGAUCAGCUGAAGGUGCUCGGAAAGGCCGAUAUCCCACUCAAGUCCGGGAUCCUCCCGCUCGGAACCCACGCGGUCAGCGAGAUCUUGACGUUUGAAGCGAAACAAAUACCCUCGCUGCCGACGUACAAUAUCUCAAGACUCAACUUCCGAGACGUGCCAGAUUCCGAUGGACGAUCAGCCGUUGGCGCCGAUGUUGCCAUCACGGCGUUCAACGAGUAUCCAAUUAGUCUUGAUGUGCCCGAGCUAGGAUUCGAGGUUCUCAUCCCUAACUGCAAUUCUUUUGAUCCCUACAUUCUUGUGGCCGACGCCACCACCGAACCCCUCACUAUCAGACCGCAUGCCGAGGUCACCGCUAAUGUAUCGGGUAUCAUCCGGGAGCUUCCCAAGGACCUCACGAGGGUGUGUCCCAAUUCGAAGUCAUCACCACUAGACAAGUUUCUGGACCAGUAUAUGCAUGGCGAGGCUGCGACUGUCUACGUUCGUGGGCGGAAGGUUCCUGAUUCCAACACCCCUGGCUGGGUCGGAGACAUCUUGUCAGAGAUUAUGGUACCUGUGCCGUUCCCCGGCCAAGGGUUCGAUAACCUCAUCAAGAGCUUCUCUCUCACCGAUGUGAACUUUCAACUCCCUGAUCCGAUGGCGGACCCGGAUGAGGAUGACGGAAACCCCAAGGUUUCAGGCACUGUCCAGGUUCUCGCUGGUCUGCCAAAGGAGAUGAAUUUCGAUAUCAACGUGACCAAUAUGCGAGCGACAGCCGACGUCAUGUAUCAGCACAGGAAGCUCGGAGAGCUGAACCUCGAGAAGUGGCAAGCUGCCAACUCCACCAAGAUCGAAGACGCCAAGAAGAAGGAGCCCCUUCUUAAGAUUACCUCUCGCGUCGAGAACGCCCCUUUGAACAUUACCGACGGCGACGUGUUGACAGAUGUCAUGCAAAAGCUCCUCUUCGGCGGAAAGGAGGUGAUGCUUGACGUCAAGGCUGGUGUUGACAUCAAAGUCAACACUGCCCUCGGGAAUUUGGUCCUGAAGGACAUCCCUGCUGAGGGCAAAAUCCCAGUAAAACCCUUGCCUGGCAAAGCGAUCGGCAGCGUUCGUCCACAGGUUGGAGACGUCAAGAUAAUCGACACCUCUGAGACGUCACUGACGCUAGAGGCGUUGGUUAAUGUCACAAAUCCUACGCCGUACUCUGCCUUUGUGCCGUACGUCAACAUCCACAUCGUGAAGGAUGGCACUAUUCUUGGCAGCGCUACGGCAGAGAACCUCAACGUUGUUCGGGGUAACAACACCAACAUGGUCGUCACGGCCAAGUGGGAUCCCACAACCCAUGGUGACGCUGGUCGCAGGAUCGCCAGCGAUUUAAUAUCUGAAUAUCUUUCUGGACGCAACGUCACAUUUGAUGUGAAGGCGCACCGGGGAACUUUGCCAUCGGUCCCCAUCAUCGGCGAGGCCUUGUCCAAACUCAACAUCACUAUCGCCGCCCCCAAAUUAGACCUUCCUGGAGACGGGGACGAGGAAGAUGGAAAGAAAAAGGGUCACUUCAUUAGAGACGCGACAUUUCACGUAUUGUCUUCAACAGCGACAUUCACUUUGGUAUCCCCACUGACUUACAACACUAUUUAUGUCGAUUGGGUAAAUGCGACGGCCUACUACAACCACACAGAGAAGGUCGGCCACAUAUUGUACGACCUGCCCUUUGCGGCACCGCCAGGUACGUCGGAAACGCCGAGGUUGCCUGUGGACUGGUCUAUGGGAUCAGUAGGCUAUGAUGCCGUGAGGAAGGCGAUCGGAGGCGCAUUGAAGCUCGAUGCCAGCGCGAAUGUGUCGGUUCGGAUAGGUAAUUGGAGGGAAACAGUCUGGUACGAAGGCCAGGGAAUCGGGGCGAGCAUUCGUUUGUAA